AUGAAGACACAUCACUGUGAUACAUGUGGGAGGACCCUUUCCUCAUCCAUUAACCUCAAGAAGCACAUAAGGAUCCACACUGGAGAGAAGCCCUACAGCUGUGACCUCUGUGGUAAAACCUUUAGCCAUGCUAGCAUGUACAUAAAUCACCGCAGGAUCCACACUGGAGAGAAGCCCUAUAGCUGUGACCUCUGUGGUAAAACCUUUAGACAGAAAGGGGACUUAACAGCUCACCGCAGAAUACAUACUGGAGAGAAGCCGUACAGCUGUGACCUCUGUGGUAAAACCUUUACCCAGGCUGGCCAUUUCAAAGAUCAUAGCCGGAUCCACACUGGAGAGAAGCCCUACAUCUGUGACCUCUGUGGUAAAACCUUUAGCCGUGCUAGCAGUUACACAUAUCACCGCAGGAUCCACACUGGAGAAAAGCCCCACAGCUGUGACCUCUGUGGUAAAACCUUUAGACAGAAAGGGGAUUUAACAGCUCACCACAGAAUCCAUACUGGAGUAAAGCCAUACAGCUGUGACCUCUGUGGUAAAACCUUUAGCCAGGCUGGCCAUUUCAAAGAUCAUAGCCGGAUCCACACUGGAGAGAAGCCCUACAGCUGUGACGUCUGUGGUAAAACCUUUAGCCGUGCUAGCAGUUACACAUAUCACCGCAGAAUCCAUACUGGAGAGAAGCCCUACAGCUGUGACCUCUGUGGUAAAACCUUUAGCCGUGCUAGCAGCUACACAUAUCACCGCAGAAUCCAUACUGGAGAGAAGCCGUACAGCUGUUACCUCUGUGGUAAAACCUUUAGCCAGGCCGGCCAUUUCAAAGAUCAUAGCCGGAUCCACACUGGAGAGAAGCCCUACAGCUGUGACCUCUGUGGUAAAACCUUUAGCCGUGCUAGCAGUUACACAAUUCACCGCAGGAUCCACACUGGAGAGAAGACUUACAGCUGUGACCUCUGUGGUAAAACCUUAAGCAGUGGUAGCAGUUUCAAAGUUCACUGCAGAAUCCACACUGGAGAGAAACCCUACAGCUGUGACGUCUGUGACUAUUCAGGUAAAACAAAUAGCCAGCUGAAGAGUCACCUGCGUGUCCACAAUAGAAAAACCCCAAAGCAGUGAUGUCUGGGGCCAAGCUGUCUCAGCAGUUACCACCUGAGAGAACUUCUGUGUGACCCACAGCUUGAAGAACUUCUGGCCUGUACCUACUGGGACAGCACAUGCAGUAACACCAGAUCUACAGUCCAACAUGACAGGACACAGGG